UCACUGCCCCCAAUAAAGAUGGUGACGGUCACACGGGCCGAUCGCCAUCUGAGGCGUUGAUUUGUUUUCUGCAAACGUGAGUCUGGGAGUUUCAAAUGGGUGUGUUUUCCGACGUGCACUAACUGUUUGUAAAACUUCCAAACCCAUACGAAUAUCACUUCCCUCCAGCUUUCUACCGUUUUGCUUUCUUUACUGUGGCCUGCUCUUACCUCAAUUGCACAAAUCUUGGUCUCAGCGAAGGAUCUAGGCCCGAAACGUCAGCUUUCCUGCUCCUCUGAUGCUGCUUGACCUGCUGUGCACAUCCAGCUGCACACCGUGUUAUCUCGGAUUCUCCAGCAUCUGCAGUUCCGGUUAUCUCAGCGACUCUGCACCGCACUCGUGGAUGAUCACGUGGUUUUCACUGAUCCCGCCCUCCCUUCAUUCCGAUUGGGCGAUAUCCGUCCGGUCAUGCACGGCACACCUGUGCUCCUAUUGGUCGCGCACUGACAUCAAUCAGCCAGACUUCACCGUGAGCUGGAGCAUGCGCAGUGCUUUGUGUUAUUGUUGGAAGCAAAUGAACGUCGUCGCAAUGUUGCAUUUUGAGACGAAUGAGACUGAAAACCGGAUCUGUCUUUUUACCUUCACAGAUGCUGCCAGACCUGCUGAGCUUUUCCAGCAACUUUGUUUUUGUUCCUGAUUGACAACAUCCCAGUUCUUUUGUUAUUUUUUAAUAAGUCGCGAUUGAAAAGGCUUCCUGCAGCUCAAAGCUAAAGUAUGUUUCAGCAAUGCACUUAAAACAAAAAUCGUAUCAUCUGAUUAAAUCAACGUGGUCAAUCCAGAAGAAGACAUUCCAUGAUGGAGACAGGGCAGUUGCAGGUAAGUUCAAGGUCACCCUGGGGCCAGGCAUGUUUGACAAUUUCAUUCCUUUUUGAUAGUCAAACAAGUGAGGUCGCAAAGAGGAAACCAACAGCUGCAUAACACCUGGAUUCCCAAGAGGCAUUUUGUAGGGUGUCACACUGGUGGCUAAUAGAUAAGAGAAGGGCUCUGGAACUGAAGGUAAUGUAUGAGCAUGAAUAGAGAGUUGGUGAACAUGCAGGACAUAACAGGAAGUGUUGUUGUGACUGUGAUGAGAGGAGUGCAAAGGAUUCGAAGGUGAAUAUAAAGGUUAAAUUAACCUCAGGGAUGUUUUUAAUGGACUUUCAGGACAGAUGAGACCAUCCAUCCUCUUGACAGCUGACCAGCCAGUCUGGCCACCAAAUAAAUUAAUAGAUGUAUUGGUCACAUGUGGGCAGGCCUCCUGGUGCCUUCACCUCCAUGGGCAAUAUACCAGGAAGGCUGUUCAGGGAAGAUGGUGAAGAUGGGAAACUGCAUCCAUGACAUGAUGCCCACGUUUACAAACAAGCCCUCCCCACAUGACAACCGCGUACACGGAGAUGAAGUGGAAAACAGCAGUGUAAUUAGAACUAACACGAAUUGAAGCGGAGGGAAAGGAGCAAUACCUUCGUGGUAUCACUCUUGGUUGUGAGAAGAGUUUUGAGGUUUGACGAUACUUCACCUUUCUCAUUCCUCAGACUCCAACCCACUUUGAUUCUGAAAGAUUUGACUGUUGUUUCCGGUCAGUCAGCUUGCCGAAGCAGUCAGAUUUCCGUCAUACUACUCAGAAUAAAAAUGGCAUCAGGAGAUGAGCUUCCAUCCCAUCUCACUGUCGAUACCUCCAACGUUCAAAUUCUUCACUCUGAGACCUCAAAAAGACUUGUCGAAAAUUUUGUAAUCGCUCUCAUGAACAAGGAGCGUUUCUACAUCCGCACAUUCUUUUCGACAUACAAAGCAUAUACCACUGCUGAAAGUGUGUUGUACAUCCUCCUGGACAAAUAUGGAAGCUUUGGCACCUCAGAGGCAGAAGAGAUUCCAGUUAUCGAUUCAGUGAGCACAAACAGCGGAAACAGUGAUAACAUUCCGAGCUGUGAGGAGCUUGCAAAUCCAGUGCCUGCAGAGACAGUUACAGAGAUCAGAAAGUCCAAAACCUUUGACAGCCCAAACUCUGAGAAAGAUGAAGAACCAAGUUCACCAAAAGCGACUGCAGAAAUCUCAAAGUCCAAAACCUUUGACAGCCCAAACUCUGAUAAAGUUGAAGAACCAAGUUCACCGAAAGCGACUGCAGAAAAUUCAAAUUUUGGAAAUGUUGACAGUGCAAAUGGUGAGGAAAAUGGAAGUUGUGGUUCUUCAGGAUCCAGCGAAAUAAUUGCUAAAAAAGAGGAAGGAACAAUCCAGAAUAAUUUUGAUUUGGAGGAGGUCCAACUUCAAAAGGAGCAAGAAGGCGUUUGCAGCAACUGUGAAAGCAUUGAGUCUGAACACUGUCCGAAUUCUGAUGAAAUUCAGAAUUUAAGUUCACCAGAAAAGGGAGCGACAGUCAAGAAAAGCAUAGACUUCAACAGAUCAAGCUUUCUGGAAGAAUAUAAUUUCAGUCCUGCAGAAAAGGAAACACUAAUGAAAAUUGCUAUACCUGAAAUUCUUGAAAUCUGGCUGGAGGAGUCUGCCGAAGACUUUCGUCAAGUUCCAACUUACUCUUGUCUCCGGAAGGUACUUUGCUACUUGAACCAGACAGUGCCGGGGUCAGAUGCUGAACAUCGGGCCCAGAAACUCCUGAGUCGGUUUUUGGCGGAGGAAACAGCGGAGAAAGAGAUGUUCAAAGGCUACCGUAGAAGAGUUAGAUUCUAUAUUGGAGAAGAACACGACCAAACCAUCGAACAAGUUGACGAAAAGCUCCUGUCCUACCCAUCACGCUUCAUUGCAGAGCAGCUGACUUUUAUGGAUGCUGAUCUUUUUCGGAAACUUGUGCCCAGCCAAUGUUUAGGGUCCAUCUGGUCUCAACGAGGGAAGGAAGAAAAACAGCAUCUGGUAUCAACCGUCCAGGCCACCAUUACACAGUUCAAUAAUGUUACAAAAUGUGUCACCAGCACCAUAUUAAGACCUCAACAGCUGAAACCACGGCAGAGGGCUAAAAUCAUUGAGAAAUGGAUUGAUGUUGCCCAGGAAUGUAGGAUUUUGCAGAAUUUCUCGUCAGUGCAUGCAAUUACUACGGCAUUGCAAUUGAAUAGUGUGUUCAAUUUGAAGAAGACUUGGGCAGCCGUGUCAAAGAGCAGUAAGACAACAUUUGAAGACCUUUCAAAUAAUGAAGAAGAUAACUUUAUAGCAAGUAGAGAGCUGCUAAUGGAGGAUAUCGUUCAGGGAAUUGUGCCGUCCCUGGGAACUUUCUUAACAGAAUUUUCAGCGCUGGAUUCGGCUUUCCCGAAUUGCCAUUCAAAUGGCUUGAUCAACUUUGACAAGAGACAAAAACUCCUCUGAACUCGAGAAACCGCCAAAGCCCAAAAAGAGUGUGUUUAAACACCUCAGCUGCCUGUUUUCAAAGAGAGGUGUUAAAAUACACAACACUCAAACUAAAAGCUCUGAGCAGCGAGC